GAGUUUGAAUUUUGAGCAAAGGAAAAAGAAGAAAGAAAAAAGACGCCGGACCCUACCAUAUCGCAGCCCAGCCCUGAGGCUGCGAAUGGAAAGACCGCCUUGACUGUCUUGGAGGUCACCUCGCCGGAAGAUGGUUGCGUAUUGCCAUGCAUCGUCCGCGGUCUUCCCGUAGUUUACCCCCCGCUAAGUCUGUCUGCUGGUCUGGUCUCUUCCUCCUCGCUGCUCGACGUCUGGUGUGAGAGGCGACAGCCGUCGGUACACGUCACACGACGCGGUUCGCUGCCAUCUCACCCUCUUCUUCUCGUCGACGUUUGCAUCCCCUCCCCCGCGUUGUGGUUCGUUUCCCCGCCCGCAGCGAGGGAGUUGGUGGUUCCGCCAGAAUGGAGGAGGGCGGGCAAAUGGAUCCGAAGCUCGAAUUUUCGCAGACUCUGUUCGCGUUGCGGCUGAGGCUUCGACGCUCCCCGGUUAUGGAGAAUGACGAUGGGGUGAUUGAUGAGCUACGCCAGCAGGUGCUGGAUGCCAUCGAUCGGGAUCUGAUGAUCAGCGUCUAUCAGUCCUGCUGUGAGGAGUUCGGCUGGAAACCCGAUCCCAGUCAUCUGUCGAGAUACGGCGCUCGGAUUGCGGAAGAAAUCCAACGGCUCGACGAUAAGAUCAAGGAUGCGGAAGACAACCUUGGGGAGAGCGAGGUGCGCGAGGCCUUCUUGGAGAAGGCGCUCUUCUUCGUCCGAAUCGCAGACAAAGAGAAAGCUUUAGAAGCGUUGAAAGCCACGGAAGCGAAGACGGUGGCCAUCGGGCAAAAGAUCGAUCUGAUUUUUCAUAUCUUGCGAAUCGGAUUUUUCUGCGCCGACUUUGACCUAAUCUCGAAGAAUCUCGACAAAGCGAAGAGCUUAUUUCACGGCGAAGGCGGUGAUUGGGAGCGGAAGAACCGCCUGAAAGUGUACGAGGGUCUGUUUUUCAUGGCGACGAGGAACUUCAAGAAGGCCGCCAAUCUAUUCCUUGAUUCGAUCUCCACUUUCACCUCCUAUGAGCUCUUGCCUUACACGACCUUCAUCUUCUACACUGUUUUGACCAGCAUCGUCUCCUUGGACAGAGUGGCUCUCAAAUCGAAGGUUGUGGAUGCCCCUGAGAUCUUGGCAGUUAUCAGAGAUGUCCCCCACCUUUCCGAUUUCUUGAACGCCCUUUACAACUGCGAUUACAGGACGUUCUUUGUGGCGUUUGCGGCGCUGGCCGAGGCCAUCCGCAAGGAUCGAUACCUGAAUCCGCAUUUUAGGUUUUAUUUGAGGGAAGCGCGCGUAGUGGCGUACGCGCAGUUCUUGGAAUCCUACAAGAGUGUGACCAUGGAGGCAAUGGCCAAAGCUUUUGGCGUCAGUGUUGAGUUCUUUGAUGCGGAAUUGGCGCGCUUUAUCGCUUCAGGACGCGUCAAUUGCAAGAUAGACAAGGUGGCGGGUAUAAUUAGUGAAACCAAUAGGCCGGAUGCCAAGAAUGCCCUCUAUCAUGCAACGAUUAAACAAGGCGAUGUUCUGCUCAACCGUCUGCAGAGGCUGUCGCGGGUCAUCGAUAUGUGAGGCUUCCUUCUGGUAAGAAGCCCGGGGUAAUUAAGGUGGGGGGGGGGGGGGGGAANGGAAAGAGAGGGGGGAGGAGGAGGGAGAUGGAUUACGGAGAGGCGAGGGGGAAGGUAGGAGUUUAGAGGGAAAGCGGGAGGUGCGGAGGUGGAGAGAGUUUAUUAGGGGUAGCGGAAACGAUGGGGGGUUGCGCAGACUAGCGCAAUCGGAUAAGCUGAGGAGGUCGGAGUUGAGGGGAAGGGGGAAAGGGGGGAAGGGGGGAAGCGGAAGCGGAAGCCGAGGAGAUGGCGGGUGCAACAGACUACCGUCUUCCCUCGAAUAGAACGUACUACGCUUAUUAUCCUUGUGUUUGGGGCAACUUUCAGUCUAUCUAGAUACAGCGAUUAAUGUACAUACGCACGUUCCAUUCGGGGGAAGACGGAAGCGGAUAUCAGUGAAGGCGAGGAGAGAGAGGAGCUGAUUGAAGGAUGGAUGAGGCGGAAGGGAUGGGUGUGCGGGGUUCAUCGGAACGGAGCAAGCAAUGUUGUGCUAAACCAUCUCCAGAGGUUUUCGCAGGUCAUCAAUAUGAGAUCUGUGUAAGGAGAGAGAGAGAGAGAGAGAGAGAGAGAGAGAGAGAGAGAGAGAGAGAGAGAGAGAGAGAGAGAGAGAGAGAGACGGGUAGGCGAGGAGGGCUUGAGAGUUGAGCGGGAGUGGAAGGUAUGGCUGCGCAGACUGAACGAAGGUAAGUUCGGCUUUACCGUUUCCGGAGGCGGCGGCUGUCUAAUCUGUCAUCGAUAUAUGAUCCAGGUAAGAAGAGAGGGGAAAUCGGGGGAAGAGCGGGGAAAUCGGGGGAAGAGCGGUGAAAUGAGGGGAAGAGCGGUGAAAUGGGGGGAAGAGCGGGGAAAUGGGGGGAAAAGCGGGGAAAUGAGGAGAAGAGCGGAGAGGCGAGGAGGUGGGAGUUAAAACAGGAAGUGGAGGGGGGAUGGGCGCGCAGACUAACGGAGACGUCGAAACGAAAUGAACUCGAGGGGAAUAAGGUUGCCAUCUUGGGUGUUUGGGAGAAACUGAUGUCUUCUAUGGUCGGAUUGUGGCAUGACUAUGAAGGUACUGCCACCAUCGACUUGCAACUUGAGUAAGGAGGGGAGCUCAUUUUGCGACUGCAAAGCGGAGGGUUGGGGACUGGUUAGGGAGAGACGUCACUGAUGAUCACACAGCUUAGUCAGCCACACCCCACGCUGUACUUCGACUGUGGGUCAAGUGUGUUGUGUGUGUGUGUGUGUGUGUGUGUGUGUGUGUGUGAGAGUGUGUGUGAGAGAGAGAGAGAGAGAGAGAGAGAGAGAGAGAGAGAGAGAGAGAGGACAUUGCGUUGUAGUGUAUGUGGGCAUGGUUGUGUGAGCCUGCAUGAGUUUGAGAGAUUGUACGUACGCGAGUGUGGUUAAAGAAAGGUAGUUUGAUUCAUUUGUCGGAAAAAUUGAGCUGUGAAGUUAUGAUCGAUCGACCAUUUGAUGGAUGAUAGAUAAAGUCAAGGUGGGAGGAAAAGACUGGAGCAAAUCAAUGAAUCGUAGGGAAAAGC